UUUAAUAAAUUGUUAAUUCUUUUAAGUAUUUUCAGAAAACAGGUUAGGCUUAAAAUAACUAGAAGUGGGUCUGUCAAAGUUACUUGUCAAAAUUAGUGGGCGGGGAUAAUUUUGGUUUUGUGGCACUUUGUUAAUUUAUUUUUGUGAGAAAAAAUGUCUCAUCAAACGGGAAUUAAAGCCAAUGACGAACUGAAAAAGUUUCUGGGAAAAUGCAGGGACGGCAAGGUUCGAAUCGUGAAAAUUUCCAUUGAAAAUGAACAACUGACCCUUGCCAGCCACAAAGAAGUGAAGCACAGUUGGGACAAAGACUUUGACGCCUGUAUAACACCACUAAUUGAGGAAAACCAGCCUUGCUACCUCCUGUAUAGACUGGAUUCGAAGAACUCGUCUGGUUACGAGUGGCUUUUUAUAAGUUGGUCGCCUGACACGGCCCCCGUGAGGCAAAAAAUGCUGUAUGCGUCCACCAAAGCCACGCUGAAGCAGGAGUUCGGAACGUCGCAGAUUAAGGAGGAGUUGCACGGCACUGUCACGAGUGAUAUAACUUUGAACGGGUACCAGAAGCAUAAAAAGGCAGUGAGUGCGCCUGCCCCCUUGACAACGAGAGAGGAGGAGCUGCAAGAAAUCAGGAGGACUGUGGUGCAUACCGACAUCAGUGUGGACAGUAAGCAGCAGACGUUAAGUGGGGUCGCGUUUCCUUUGACGGAGGCCGCAAGGCAGGCGGUUGUGGAUAUGGCACGGGGGUCGUACGAUUAUUUACAGUUCAAAAUAAAUAUUGAAGAGGAGACGAUUCAUUUAGUCACUGCUGAGAAGCUCAGCAUUGAGAAACUUCCUUCUAAAGUUCCUGCAGAUAGUGGUAGAUAUCACUUGUACAAAUUUAAGCACACACACGAGGGUGAUUACAUGGAAAAUAUAGUAUUUAUUUAUUCAAUGCCGGGAUACAACUGCCCGAUUAAAGAACGAAUGUUGUAUUCUAGUUGUAAGAAUCCAUUAACUGACACCAUUACGAGUCUGGGCUUGGAAAUUGUAAAAAAGUUGGAAAUUGAUUCAGGGUCUGAGUUGACCGAAGAGUUCCUGUACGAGGAGAUACACCCAACAAAAAAUUUGCACCGUCCGAAAUUUGCCAAACCGAAAGGGCCACCAAACCGAGGACCAAAACGAAUGACAAAGUCUCAAAACGUGGACAAUUGAAACGGCGGUUGUAUGCUUUAUAUAAAUUAUUUAUUCGGUUAACAUGCGCUCAACUAGCUUUUUCAAACAAAUAUUUUUGUAUUUGAAGCUCAUUGUAUAAAUCAUUAAGUAGUAUUAACUAUCAGUCGCUUUCGUGUUACAUGAAUACAGUUAUCACAAUUA